GGACUGGUUCCUGUGGGUCGCAGGGGGGUUGGUGGCCCCUGGCCUUGCAGGUGCUGCUCCAGCCCUGCGCUCCCCGCAAAAAGCAGGCAGAGGUUUGCUGGUUGCAGGCACCCCGGAGCACUUGGAACCCAUCUCUGCUCUGGCUGCCCUCCCCCUGGCACCCCCAGCGUGUGGGGGCUUGUGGCAGAGCUUCUGCAAAUGCGGUUUGCCCUGAGCCUGGGCUCCGCCUGGCGUGUUUUCUUCCUGCGCCCAGAUAACUCUAAUUUGCAGCUCUGUGUGCAGGAGAUAAUUUGAACACACCUCCACGGUGUGUGGGAAGGGAUCCCUGCACUGGUCUUCAUUGCCUUUUAGAAGCAUAAGGAGGGAGGGGAGAAAGGCUUUUUUUUUUUCUAAAUGCAAAACUGCUAGAAAGGCUCAUUUGUUUUAAAAGGAGAGAGAAGUCCUUUGGAAACCAGACAGCGCCAGGGUCUACCCGCCAGAGACCUGUGUGGGGGAAGACAUCACUGCAAUGCUGGAGGCCCCUGGACGGUCUGUGCACAUAGCAGAGCACGAUGCCUUUCCUGCAUGGCUUCCGCAGGAUCAUCUUUGAGUAUCAGCCCCUGGUAGACGAGAUCUUGGGGUUGCUGGCAAUACAGGAUGCGGAAAGGCAGAGCGCCCUUGAGAGCCCUGCCUGUUUGGGUAGUGACAGGAGCCAGCUCGCAGCUGUGAGACGAGUUUUGGAAAGGGAGACCCACUCCCCGUUUUAUCAGGAAGGCGUGAGCUAUGCCCUGCUGAAGGUCACCGAGCUGGGGCUCGUCCCCGCCGCAGAAAUCCUCCUGGAGUUCGGAGCUGACCUCAGCUUUGAAGAUCCAGUCACCUACUACACCCCCCUGCACAUCGCAGUGCUCCGCAACCAGCCGGAUAUGGUGGAGCUCCUGGUGCGCCAUGGGGCUGAUAUCAACCGCAGAGACCGGAUCCAUGAGAGCAGUCCCCUUGAUCUGGCCAGCGAGGAGCCUGAGCGGUUGCCAUGCCUCCAGCGGCUGCUUCAGCUGGGGGCCGAUGUCAACGCAGCUGACAAAAACGGAAAGACGGCGCUGUUGCACGCCCUGGCCAGCAGUGACGGUGUCCAGAUCCACAACACCGAGAGCAUCCGCCUCCUGUUGGAAGGAGGUGCGGACGUCAGAGCCACCACCAAAGAUGGUGACACUGUCUUCACCUACGUCAUCUUCCUGCUGGGAGAGAUGGUGUGCAGCAACACUGAGGAAGCGCAGGUGAUCAAUCGCUUCUGCUUCCGUGUUACACAACUGCUGCUGGCCCAUGGUGCCAACCCCAGCGAGUGCCCAGCCCCUGAAUCCCUCACUCACCUCUGCUUCAAGAGCUUCAAACGCCACUUCCCGCUGCUGCGUUUCUUGCUGGAGUCGGGUGCUGCCUACAACUGCUCCCUCCACGGUCCCUCGUGCUGGUCAGGCUUCCACAUCGUCUUUGAGUGCCUCUGCUCACACCUCAGCGUCUCUGAAGACGACGGCUUCUCUACAGACCUCAUCCAGAAGGGUCAGACUCUGCUGGAGCUUAUGAUGGCCAGUUCACAAGCCGUCCAGCUGCCCAGCAACUUUGAGGUCAACACCAGCAGCUGUAGGUACCAUGGGGAGAAGAUCAGGACUCUCUUCUGCUCUCUGAAGCAGCUGGAGCGCUCCCCACAGGCAUUGAAACAUCUCUGUAGGGUGUUUAUCCGGCAGCGCCUUAAACCAUGGCCAGUAGAUGUCAAAAUCAAGGCUCUACCUCUUCCAGACAGGCUGAAGUGGUACCUCCUGAUUGACCACGCUGCUGCCGGGCAUGAGGACCUCUGAGCCUGACUGAUGCCUCUCUGUCUACCCCCCUCCACAGUCGUGGUGUGCCUACAGCCCCUAAAGCUCUGCUCUGGGCUGGUUUUCUCCAUAAGAGGUGGGCUGUUAACACGCUGUCCACGUGCCCACAGCUUGGCCAGCGCUGCCCACGCUGUCUGUCUCUGCUGGGUUUUUGGGGCGGUUGUGCUUUUUUGAGCAUGAUGCUGCACGUGUGUCCGUGGAGGCCUUGUUGCUCUGGGGCACGUUAUGGGGAGGCAGGCAGAGCCCCGUGGCUUCCUGGGGGUGAAGAGAGCCCCUGGGCAUCAGGGAGCCAGAUACUGGGGCAGAGGGGUUGGUGUGGAUUUUACAGCCUGGAGUCAGGAGCAGUGGGGUGGUUGGGGUGGUGUGACUGGACAGGCAGCCUGUCCCCUCUCGCCAGCCCUGCCGGGUCUGGGGUGGGGGUAGCAGCGCCUUAGGCAAGCAGCGGAGUUGUGAGAUGCCCUCGGGGUGCUGGGAGAAGUGUUCCUUGUACCAGGAGAGCGCUGGCAUCUCCAUCCUGGUUUCCUGCCUUCGGUCUUGCUGUUGGGAGCAGCCGUGGUGGAGGCAGGUCCAGCAUCUCCGCAUGGAUGUGGAUGCCUUCCUCACUCACACAGGCUUUUGAAACCAGGAGCGUGAUGGGGUUGACGGGAAGAGGGGCUGGCAGCGGUGGCCCAGCUGCUCCGCACCCUCUGAGUUUCCGCUGGGAGCACCCCAUCCUCCCGGCAGAGAGGACCAUCCACCAAGGACAUCUCGGAGGUGCUGGGCUCCAAACCAAACAGACAAACGGAUGUUUCUUGGCUUUGUGGUGUGUUCCCUGUGCAAGGACGAGGAACGGGCAGCUAACUGCUGAGUGCCUUGUGCCUCCCUCCCUGUUCCCUUUCCCUUGCUGACUGCUCCCAGGACCUUGGUCUCCAGUGCCUCCGUCCCAGGAACAAGAAAUUGCAGCAAGACUUGAGGGUUUUUCUUUCCAACCUGCUGCUGGAACCUGCAGGCUCUGGGGCUGUACGCGGAGGAGGUCCCGUGUCCCAGCCUUGCCACAGCUGUCUGGCUCCCCCUUCUGCUGCCUCGUGACCUGCCAAAGGCCAGCCCCACAUUUUUGUUGUUUGGUUUUUGUUUGUCAUGGGGGACAGAUGCAGAAGAGGAGGAAAAGAGGGGAAAAAUCUAUUCCGAGCAGGUACAAUUUACAGCAGAUGAAUUUGGCUGCAGAAGAGUUGUCUGUCCAUCCCCUGCCACUGCCCUCCUGGCAGCGUGUUUUACCUUCUCCUACCCUGUGGAACUGGAGCUAUGCAUCUCAAUGAAUUGAUGUUUAAAAAAAAUAAUAAUGUGAUCAAAUACUCCCCUGGUGUCUGGAAUGGGAAAUGAGCAAUUAAAUGAGGCCUUUUGUAGUAACGA